AGGAGAGAAGUGACCGUGCGCCUGUCCGAGGCCAGCCCUCCCCACGAGGAUCCCUGUCACCAGUGGGUGCCCUCGCGGACCUACAAAGACGCAGGGAUCGGGACUCCAGGAACAGUGGAAAAACUCUUCCAGAGACACCAUAUGCCUCUGAAGGAGCAGCGGAGGUUUUCCAACAGGAUUCAGUGAUUCCUUCCCUUUCCCAAUGGCGUCACUGGUGGCCAAAGAUUCUUAUCUGCAGAAUCUAGCCAAGAAAAUCUGUUCCCAGCAGACUGUGGAGCCACAGAAACGAAAAUGGGCUCCCAAACCUGCUGAUCUAGCAACCAGUGGACCCCCAAAGAAGAAGAAGAAGAAGGAGAAGAAGGAGCAGAAAAAGAAAUCCCAGAAGCAGGAUGAAAAGGCCAAGAGGGUCCAGAAUAAGCCCCCUGACAGCGAGCAGUCUGAAGCUCCUAGUGCCAAGAAGCCUGCAGUUGCAGCGGGGAAGGCAGGUUCCGGCUCCGGUGGAGGCUUCACAGUCGUUGCUGCAAACAAGCCAGGUUCCUUGCUAGCCAUGGACAUUCUGCGCCAGCGGCUGCACGAGAAAAUACAGGAAGCCAGUGGUCAGGGCCACCCCAAAGACCUCUCUCCUGCAGCGCUGGAGAAGAGGCAGCGGAGGAAACAGGAACGGGAGAGGAAGAAGCGGAAACGCAAGGAACUCAGGGCCAAGGAGAAGGCAGCCAAAGCGGAAGCCAAAGCUGAAGUCCAGGAGGCUAACCCAGAGCCCCCCAAGGGGGAUCCCCAGGGCCUGACCGAACUGGUGUUCAACAAGUUGGAAGUAAACGAGGGGCCAGUCAGUAAGGCCCAGAAGAAGAAGGAGAAGAGGCAGCGUGUGAAGGGGAACCUGACCCCCCUGACGGGAAAGAACUACAAACAGUUGUUGGAGCGUGUGCAGGCCCGCAAGGACAGGCUGGAGGAGCUGAAGGAGCAGGAUGAGGAGAAGGCGAGGGAGAUGGAGACCAAAAUGAAGUGGACGAACCUUCUGUACAAGGCCGAAGGCGUGAAGAUCCGUGACAACGAGGAGCUUCUGAAGGCAGCCCUGAAACGCAAGGAGAAGCGCCGGGCCCAGAGGAAGCGGCAGUGGGAGAAGCGCACGGCCCACGUGGUGGAGAAGAUGCAGCAGCGGCAGGACAAGCGGCGCCGGAACCUGCGCAAGAAGAAGGUGGCCAAGAUAGAGCGCCGCAAGGCCAAGGCUCGCAAGAAGGGCCGCAUCCUGCCUGAGGACCUAGAGAAGGCCGGGCUCCACUGAGGGGCGGGCAGACUCUCCCAGCACUCCGGACACCCAUCUCCCUAACCGCCUUUUCUCCUGGCUCUGGAUUCCCGCCUGUGGCUGCCCCACGCAGCGGGGAGAGAGUCGCAUGUGUUAAGCGCCUGCCGGGAAGUGGAGAUUGAGUGACAGAAACUAAAAAGCAGUCCGUCCUCGAGGACUUUCUUAAGACACAGCUCAGGUCUUUCAUAAAACCUUUGGCUUAGAGCUAGCCUCCUAGCUUUCUAUGUGUGGGAUUGCCUCUGGUACCUGUUUUCCCUCCCUUCCAUCCCUUCCCCAUUCCCCAUUUCCCAAUAAUCCUCAGCCCAUCUCUAGGGACCCGAGCCAUGUGACACAAGAGCCUGACAUCUAUCCCAGCAGGACGUAGUACCCUGAAUGGUGUAUGUGGGCUGCUUGUAGGUUCUUCAGUCCCAUAGGAAGUUCACAUAGCUGGUUCAGGAGUAUAGGGCAGCUCAUGGAUGUCUUAAACUUCUUGGACUCCAGAGAAGCCAACAGGUUUAGAAAAAAAAAUUUUUUUUUUAAAUUUUCUUUUUUUUGUGAACUGGACAAGCAUCAGCAAACAAACAUUUUCCAUGUAAAAAAAACCAACAACAGGAAAAGAGGAUCGUAUAUGAAACCAUGAAUCUCUGUUAUACUUAGAGUUGUAGUGGUUAAGUUUUAAAACAAACGGUGGUUACAUGAUGCAGGACUGAUUUAAGAAUGAGGGAAACUUCUCCAGUAUUUCCCUCCAGGGGACAUGUUGGCCAUCAAUUGGAUUGAAUAGUCCCAUUGGAAAACCAAAUGGAGAAUUCCAUUAGGUCUUUUAUCUACCUUUCCCUCUCCCAGUUAUCACAGGAGUUGCUGGACCAACCUGCUUGGAACUCAAAUAGGACGGAAAUAAUUGAGUUUGGGGGUUUUAGAAUAAACAGUUAAAUUCCCUUGA